GUGGCGAUCGCACGGUGAAAGUCUGGCGCAUCUUCCCCUACAUUGACGAGUGCCUGACCCUGCUGCGGAGCUUCUCCUGCCAGCAUCCCGUGCUGCACAUGUGCCCGCUGGGCUCCACGCUGGGCACCGCCAUCCAGGACCCCGAGAGUGCCACCUACAGCAUCGUCCAGUACGACCUGCUGGCCCAGAGCCGCCAGGAGCACGGCCCCGAGGACGACCCGCUGGACGAGAUCACGGGCCUGUGCUGCUGUCCCACGCUGAAGCUCUUUGCGUCGGCCAGCAGGGAUGGGUCGGUGAAGGUCUGGAAUGCCCAAAACCAGCUACUCAGGCACCUCAAGCUGAACACGAUCCCGGAGAGCCUGGCCUUUGGGGACGAGCGCGGGGACCUGCUGCUGGGCGUGGAGCAGCACCUGCACCGCAUACACCACAGCAAGUACCUGCCCAGGCCGUAUCUCACCAAG